AUAAGUUACUGGAAAUAGUAAUUUUGUUUAAUAAACAGAAUUUCAAGCAGCUAAGGAUUCGAUCUCGAAGUCUCGUUCAACCAGGACUAAAACCCUAGGGCCUUCUGUACGAAAAUGGCGGACGAAGCUACCCGAACUGCAUUUGUUGAGAUUCAAGCUCGUAUGAUCGAGACUACUGGAAAUCUCAAGCAGGUUCAAGUUCAAAUGCGAAACAAAGAAGGUGAUAAGAAACGUGCUUACUUAACCUUGGAAGAACUGCGUCAACUUUCAGAUGACACAAAUACAUACAAGUCUAUAGGAAGAACGUUUGUUCUAGAGCCCAAGUCAGCUUUAAUGGAAGAACAAGAGCAAAAGCUCAAGGAUAGUGAAACUGCAAUCGCUUCACUGCAGACCUCAAAGGAGUACUUAGAGAAGCAGAUGGCAGAAGUGGAGAACAACUUAAGGGAGCUUUUGCAGCAGGAUCCUACUCUCACUCGUCAGAUUAUGUCCAUGUCGGUGUAAACUAUGAUGUAAAUUUGUACUUCGCAGAAGUUGAUGUCAUGCAUCUUUAUGCAUAUUAGACUUCGACCAGAAGUUCCAGAUGUUGAUUCAUAUAUUUUUCGUGUUGCAUUUACUUUCCCGUUUUUCAAGCUUGGAAGUUUUGUCUUGUAGUGGUAUUUGAUGUUGAUGGAAGUUGGGAUCCUUGUAUCCUGAGUAUAAAAAUGGUACUAUAUCUUAAAUUUGAUAGCAUACAACUGUAUUACUAAGUAGAUGGUGUGAUUUUGAUGCA